UUUCCUUAAAGUUCAACUUUAACGAAUAAUUUAAAAGAUCUGUGCUGUAAUCAUUUUAAAACGUGAUAAUUGGUUUUGAAUAGGACACCAUAAAAUAUUUGAAAGAAAAUUUUUCAAUAUAUUGCAAAUAUGAUGGCUGAUCCUGGAAGUGCAAGUGAAAGUGAUUCCAGUUCAAUUGAUGGUGGGCCUAUCAUGAUGCCACCCUCCCCAGUAACUAGGGAACAACUACAAAAGAGGAUUGAGUCCCUUCAGCAACAGAACAGAGUUUUAAAAGUUGAAGUAGAAACAUAUAAGUUAAAAGUAAAAGCUCUAGAGGAGCAAAAUCGCAAUCUUCGUCAGGCCUCUGUAAUAAUUCAAGCCAAGGCUGAACAAGAAGAAGAGUUUAUAAGCAAUACUCUAUUGAAGAAAAUUCAAGCUUUGAAGAAAGAGAAAGAAACCCUAGCUCAUCACUAUGAACAGGAAGAAGAAUGCCUUACAAAUGAUUUGUCUCGUAAACUGACUCAGCUACGACAAGAGAAGUGUCGGUUGGAACAGACGCUUGAGCAGGAACAAGAAUGUCUCGUUAACAAAUUGAUGCGAAAAAUCGAGAAGUUAGAAGCAGAAACGUUAGCGAAACAAACAAAUUUGGAACAAUUGAGGAGGGAGAAGGUGGAAUUGGAAAACACUUUAGAACAGGAACAAGAAGCAUUAGUUAACAAAUUGUGGAAACGUAUGGAUAAGUUGGAAACUGAGAAAAGGCUUUUACAAAUCAAACUGGACCAACCAGUCUCGGAUCCUGCGUCACCCAGAGAUAUCAGCAACGGAGACGCAGCCAGCAAUCUGAGUGCUCACAUACAGAACCUUCGCGGGGAAGUGACGAGGCUGCGCAGCCAACUAGCCAAUGCUCAACAAGAACAUACGGAGAAAAUGGAGAAAUUUGUCAAGGAGGAAAGAUGCAUCAAAGAAGAGAACCUUCGACUGCAGAGGAAGCUGCAGAUGGAAGUGGAGCGAAGAGAAGCGUUGUGUCGGCACUUGUCUGAAUCAGAGAGCAGCUUAGAAAUGGAAGAAGAGAGGCACUACAACGAGAUAGCGUCCGUUCGCUCCAGAGCAGUCUCCAGUCCGAUCCCAUACAACCCUUCACCCAGUGUGUCCAGGCCACUUAGUCCGGGAGCUGGUCUGUCUGCUCUGGGUGGUCCGGUUCCUAGUACCCGUGACAGUCUGGGUGCUGUUGUGGGUGUUCCACCCGUAGUACCAAGGUGUUACGCAUGUGGUCUGGGCACAACUCAUUCUGUGCCGCCUAUCAGCCACACCUCUCCUCCUGCUCCUCCUCAUGGGGUCCACCACUUGAGGCCAGGACAGCGGCCCUCUGAACGGUUUAUCAAGCCAGCAAUUCCCCCCUCCCCUUACUCCCCUCAGGGCCCUACUUCCCCCUCCCCUGCCAGCCCCAUGGACACAUCCAGGUCUUAGUCUGCAGCAAUCCACCGACUCGUUAUUCAUUGUGAUAGAUUAACAUGUGCAAGAUUUUUCUGGAAUAUCGCCCUCAAAAGUGGCAGUCAUUCCGCCGAUACUCGUAAUUCAUCAUUGUAAUGUGUAUUUGGACUUAAACAAAUUUCCAAUGAUAUUUAGAUUUAUUCUAGCACCACAUCCUGUCAAUUUGUGCUUUCUGAGUGCACACCGAACUAUGUGUGUCAUAUGUGUGGUUUAUGCGUUGUUUCCCGAGAUAUGAAUUACUAGAUUGUUACGGUUAAAGCGACAGUGAAUGACCGUUAAAGCUUAAGUUACUUACUAUCAAGUAAAUUACCGUAAACUUGUCACACAGUCAAAUUCUGGUUGUUUGUACGAGACACUAUACACUAUAAAGGUAAGCUUGAAGAUGAACUGGUUGAAACACUUAGUUUUGUUUGUGUUACAAAAAGAUGAUUGACACUUUCUUUUUUAAUCAUUAAGCCUUUAUAUGAUGUUUUUUAUACAACACGGUCAUUCACUGGUGCACUCACCCUAUAUUGUAUGUGUAAUGUUGGUAAGAUUGAUACAUUUUUGGUAUUGAAUUUAAGAUUUAUUUCACAUCACGGGGUCAUCUUUUGCUGAUUUAUUCCAGUUAUAAUCAACUGAUAGAAUUUCAAUGUUGAAUCACGCUUUUUGCAGCUUUAGGCCAUAUAGUCAAUGCUGUUAUAUUCCAUAAGCUUAUUUUGUAAUAGUUGUAAAUAGGUUUUCUUUGAUACAUUAAUUAUUCGAUUUAUAAACCAUUAUUUUUAAGUUAAGGUAGCUUGCUUAGUUAAGUUUGUGGGCAAUAGGUUUCGAGGUAGUGCAUAUAAUCGUUUUGAUUUUAGUAUAAAACCAAGACCUGUGAUCCGUUUGUGGGAUUGAUGUGAUGAAAACCUUGUAAAAUGUUACCACUGCAUGUAACGUUUUUAACAAUGAAUACAUCUAUCUACUUAAUAUUCCAGUAAUGAACUUGUUCAUAAGACAUUUUGAAUUUCUAUCUUUGAAAAGGUCUCAUAAUUUUUUGUCUUCAAUAAAGGAUGUAGUUUUGGUCCUUCAAGUGUCCACGUCUAGGUAAAACAAUUUGAAAAACUACUAAAGCAAUAAUCAAAAUAUCAAGCAGUAAACAUUUUACUAGGUUUUAUAUUUUUGUAAAAAAGUAAUAGUUUGUGUGAUCAUAAAAACUGUUUAUUUUUUAUAAACAAAUGUUAGAUCGCUAGGCAAACACCAGCAUAUAGGUGCCUUGGCAGGAUAGUGAUCCUUAUUAAUCCUCGUGGACUGUCAAUGUUCACUAGCGGAAGAUAUAUCAGUUACAAUUUGAAUAACAGCUUUAAUCAACUAAUCAUUGUAUAACAAACUGUUUCCAACAGGCUAAGCUAUAUCAAACAAAGGCAUUGUUAUGAAGCAGCUUGACUGUUUAAUUUUAGCUCUAGACAUUUAUAACUUUUGUUGUGUUGAAAUUUUGUUAUUUAGGAAUUGUUACUGAAGUUCAUCUUUUCCCUAGGAUUUAAUUUCCAAUAUAACAAUUGAGUCUGA